AUGCACUGCUUUUCGAAGAGUUCCGUGGCCCCAAAGGAGGAUUCCCACGAUAAUGCCGGUGGUGGGGCCAGCGGCUCAGGUCCCAUCAAGCCUUCGGCGCAGUACAUCGAUGCCCUCUCCAAGCGCCGCUCCAUCUAUAGCCUGGACAGCACUCUUCCGCAAAGUGACAAAGAGGUCAUCAAGACUAUCGAGGAUACCAUUCGUCAGUGUCCCUCCUCCUUCAAUGUAAAGAGUUCUCGUGCUGUCAUCCUCUUCGGCGCGGACCACCAGAAGGUCUGGACAAUCGUGAAGGCGGCGCUCAAGAAGGUGACAACCGAGGAGCAGUACACAGAGAGUGAGAUGAAGGUGAACAACUGCUUCGCCGCAGGAGCCGGGACUAUUCUCUUCUACGAGGAUAGCGCAGCCAUCAAGAUACAGCAGCAAACAUAUCCGCGGUACGCUGCAAGCAUGCUGACCUUCUCGCAGCAUGCAUCCGCAAUGGCCCAGUUCGCGGUGUGGUCCGCCCUCGCGCAGGAUGGAAUUGGUGCGUCGCUGCAGCAUUACAACGAGCUGAUUGAGGCAGAGCUCCGCACCGCGUUUGACAUCCCGGAGGACUGGCAACUUAUUGCGCAGAUGCCCUUUGGCUCUAUCAAGAAGCCAGCAGACGCGAAGCCGUCCAACCCCGAUGAGAACUGCGUUGUUGUGCGCGGCGCAUCGGUGUAG